ACGACUUCGAUAAUCGACUAUUUGUGCCCUCUUUAGGAAAAAGAUUGCACUUCCGGUUCUGUCUCUUUCGGUGGAAAACGGAUUGGCAAGAUGUCGCUCGUAAUUCCAGAGAAAUUCCAGCACAUUCUUCGUGUCAUGGGCACGAAUAUCGAUGGUAACAGAAAAGUCAUGUUCGCUAUGACAGCAAUUAAGGGUGUUGGUCGUCGUUAUGCCAAUAUUGUUUUGAAAAAGGCUGAUAUUGAUUUAGACAAACGGGCUGGAGAAUGUUCAGAGGAAGAGGUUGAAAAAAUAGUUACCAUAAUGGCCAAUCCUAGGCAGUACAAAAUCCCUGAUUGGUUCUUGAAUAGGCAGAAGGAUAUUGUUGAUGGUAAAUACUCCCAGCUCACUAGCUCUUAUCUGGAUUCGAAACUUCGUGAGGAUUUGGAACGUAUGAAAAAGAUCCGUGCUCACAGAGGUUUGCGUCAUUAUUGGGGUCUUCGCGUACGCGGUCAGCAUACAAAGACCACCGGUCGUCGUGGACGUACAGUCGGUGUAUCGAAAAAGAAGUAAUUUUAUAUUCUAUUGAUUAUCAAUAAAAUUAUAAAAACAAUA